CACAUUCUGUCUUCAACCUGAUCGAACGUUCGAUAAGCAUAGCGCCGCAAGUAUGAUGCUCAAUUCCGAUGAGCUCACGCCUAUCGCACCACGCCAUUGGCCUGAGCUAAGAGACUUGUUCAAAGUGGAUUGGCCUCGACACGAGAUUGCACACAGUACGGUGCAAAACUAUAUCAAUUGGAAUGCCAUUGACCCUCGAAUCAAACAGCUUGAGGUGUUGACACUGAACGAUAGUUGGCGACAGAGUGGAACAUACAUUAUAAUCGACAGAUACUAUAUGUUUAUAUACACCUUGGAAGAAUCGAAACAUACCAUUCAUCGAGUAUUGCUACUCAUCGAUUGGGACUACAGUUACAAAAUAAGUCACGUUCCCGAAUCUCUUCGACCGAUUCUAUAUAAAGUAUUUCAAAUGCGUUCAGUUGAGCUGCAAAUAACGGGGCGUCCAACAAAUCUCUACAAAUUGCCGAUGGAAAAAUGCCUAACCCUAGAUUGCACUGCUCCACCAGGUGUCACGCUGCACAAACUGGAACUCCACCAUGCCACCCAGAUCAACACAGUUUGGCCACAUCGCUGCGAGGGAUCAGAAUACACUCUCAAGCGGUUAAUAGCGUGGAACCCGUCGAUGGGUCUGUUCGAUGAAUCCGGUCGCUUGCUGGCGUGGAGUCUGUGCUGGACCACGGGAACGCUUGCUGCGCUUCAGGUUGACGCGGAACAUUUACGGAAGGGGUUUGGUUCGCUAGUCGUUCGAGCCGUUGCAAAAGAGAUGACCAAGGUUGGCAUGAACUGCCAGGCGAUUGUUCACUGUGCAAACGAGAUUUCGAACGCGAUGUUCACGAAGUUGGGGUUCGAGGUGGUCGGAUCAUGUUUUGUUGUACGGACCAAAGCUCGAAAGUUAGUUGAAUAUGUGCACGAAAGUUGAAUUGAUGGGAUGGUAGAAUAAGUGCUUUGUUUAAGUGACAUGAAAAAGAUAAAAACCUAAUUGUGUCAUGUGA